AUGAAGUCUCUCAUUACCUGGGCUACCCUUACAGCCGCAGUCCUCGCUGCAGAUGGAAGAGUUACGUCCGUCCAAUCGGGAUGCGCUCACGACAACUGCCUUAGAAAGGUCAUUGCUGGCAGUUUUACUACUCGGCCCGGUUAUUCCCAUUGCGUCUCUUGGCUCCUAACCACCGUGAUACCCCCUUCGGCAUUAAAAGUGGAAGUGCAGUACACCCUCGCAACAUCGACUGCGACAACAGCAACUGAGACGAAGACUGAAAACUUUAUCACACCGCCCCCAUCCAUCCUAGAGAAGCGCAAUACCGGACAUAUCGAAUAUCUCCAUCUGAAUGAGAAGGGCUUCAAGAAGAAGGUCAAGCGCGCAACGACCUCGUCUUCAAUCGUAAAUUUACCGCCAGACUAUAUCAUCGAGGGCUGUACCGAUCAGGGGGGUACUAGGAGCGCCAGUUUUAGAUAUUCUAGCGCUUGCUCCUGCGUUGGAGCCACUGCCGGUGACCCAUUAAUUGCGGCACAAGGAACUAUUACUUCAGUGCAAGUACUCCCAAGCCCUGACACUAUGUCGAUAGUGUAUCCUACGAAGACAGAAACAGUCUAUGUCUUGAAGGCUUCGGUUUCCGGCGGCAAUUCGGCCGCUUCAGGCAAAUACCUUGCAUCCAGUACGCUUCCGGCCUCUGCCGCAUGGCUCAUCGCUGCCACCGGUUCUGCAGCCGCAGCCGCAGCCGCUCCUACACUUUCCGUUUAUCCAGACUUAAACGGAAAGACCACCUUUGGUGGAAAGCUUAUCGUAGCGAGACAGUCAUCAAGUUAUCCUGAUGUCAGCUUCUUGGAAUUGGUCACUGACAGCCAGCCAAUCCCUGCGAACAAUCUACCCGUUUCCUGUAAAAUCAACCCCGACUAUAGCAUUACUUGCAAGUCUCCCAGUACAAUCGGUGGUCCCGAAAACAGAGGGACAUUAUACCUAACCGGUGGCUCUGGUGGAGGCGCUUACACUUUGCGACUAGUCAAGGACGGCAGUACCCCUCCGAACAAUGACUUUUUCUUAUUUACUUUGAAGCCUCUUCCUCCAACCUAA